CACCGUUGAUAUCCCAUCAAUAUCGCCUUCCAGGCGCCAGAAAUGGCGAGGAAGCGCCAAGCCAAACACAAGCGCCGCUUGGAAUCCAUGUUGCUGACCUCGUUCGUAUCGCCAUCACCUACCCCAUACGGAGUACAUCUGCUGAGGUUGUGACAGACGUAUCUGGUUUGUCUGUCUCCCCACAUACCGCAACCUUGGCCCGGGCUGAAAGCCCCAAUCUUGACCGACUUGACACAUUCCUCGUUUCUGAGAAGUGCCGAAUAGCGCGUACGAACUUGAAGAUGCCAAUACGAGUCGUGCCGAGACCGACAUCACUCGAAGCGCGAAUAGCGAAACGAUCGACCCAGGAUUGCCUCUAUGAUCUGCCCUUACUGUACGGCUUGCAUAGCGGAAUGCCGGCUUGCGGUCUCUAACCAAUCCGAGUGGAAACGGCAGAGCUCAACUAAUAUUAACACCGACAUCACUUUUCCAAUCCCUCGUCGGAUUCAACGGUCGUACUCGUACUACGUCUUCAGCCGUUGAACCUGACGGCACCUCGGCUGAAAUUGAGAAGGGAUCGUUACCAUCUCCAGUAUGUAUAAAGCAUGAGCGACCCUUGAGUUAAACUACGUUUAAUUCAUCUCUGCAAGAUCGGUACUUCGAUCACCCCACCGUGCUCCAACAUGGGCACUAAAAUACUUAAGAAUGGCACAGUGCUUGCCUUUGACGACAAGUUGGCGACAGUCAAAGUUUUGCCUCAGGCACAUGUCAUCAUCGAAGAUGACCACAUUACUGCUAUCUUGGAGCCACAUGAAGCCGAGGAAAACACAUUUUCGGCUGCUGAAGUUCUCGACGUUACCGGCCACAUCGUCUCUCCCGGGUUCGUCAACACCCAUUGCCAUACGUGGCAAACAGCAUAUCGCACGCUCGGCCCGGACAUCACGCUAGCGCAAUACUUCGGAUGGGUGUCACAACGAGCAGCCAAUAUUGACGAAUGGGGUGCGCAAGACAUCUAUAUUAGCAGUCUCGAGGGCUACCUCGAAGGCAUCAAUGCGGGAAUCACUUCCUAUGUGGAGCAUGCUCACUGCAAUUGGGGAGAGCAUGUCAUGAAGGCCGCUUUUGAUGGAGCCAUUGACAGUGGAGCCAGGAUCUGGUGGUGCUAUCAUCCUGUGUCUCGGGCCGGAUUCGAUGCAGAGAAGCAGAUUGGGAUACUACAGGAGCUCCGGAGUAAAACAUCCCAAAAGGACGAUCUUAUCAGACUGGGACUUGCCGUGGACGGUCUCGAUGGGAUGUCAGCGGAGGAAAUCCAGCAGACGAAGCAAGCUGCAAUUGACAUCAAAGCAGAGGCUCUUACGUCUCAUUAUCUCGGUGGGCCCUGGCCAUUUGCCAAAGACCUGGUCAACAUCGCUGAAAAGCACGAACUGCACAAGCUUGAGGUUCCUUAUAUCUGGUCCCACGCAGGAUUCUUGACAUCGACAGAGAUGGACUCGCUGCGUCAGCAUGAUCAGUACGUCUCGAUCACACCUGAAUCUGAGAUGCACUACGGUCACGGCCAGGAUACAAGCCGCUUGAUUCAUGAUCAAGCAGCGCUUGGGAUCGACACCAACUGGACCUUCUCCCACGACAUACUUCUGCAAGCUCGAUUGUGGUUGCAGAAUAUGCGCGGUCAUUGCUCCACGGAGAUUCUGAAAAGGGGCAAGAUCCCAAAGCAGAACCCCAUGGCUGUAGUGGACGCGUUCUUGUUGGCCACCCGAAACGGCGGCCGCUCGCUUCGCCGGGAUGAUAUUGGUGUCUUGAAGGUUGGGGCCAAAGCAGAUAUUGUCUGCUUCGACGGGAGCUCAGUGAACAUGCUGGGCUGGACUGAUCCGGUUGCUGCGGUCGUCCUGCAUUCCAAUAUUGGCGACAUCAAGCAUGUCAUGAUAGGUGGACAGUUCAGAAAGAAGAACGGGCAACUAGUGUUGAAGUCGGGUAAUUGGGAAGAUGUCUCGGAAAGAUUCAAGCAAACCUCUCAAAGAAUUCAAGAGGCCUUCCGACAUCCGCCACCUCUACCCGAGGCGGCUUGGGGAAGGCAGACUUUCGAGGACAAUGCGAAGGUGACGACAGCGAAGUUGACAGACCGAUCGUGAUGCAUACGAGUACCGUGGCACUGUGGUACGACAAAUCCUUUCGUCUCAAUAUCCA